ACAAACCAUUAAUUAGCUAAGAGUUGUUUAGGGCUACAGUGGUGGUUCUAUGCAUUUAAAUAGGUUCAUCUACUUUCUGAAGUCAUGAGAGUACAAACUACAAAGUUUAUUCAUGAUUUAGUGAGGAAAGAAAUAUGGGUUUGAGAAGCAUAUUUGGAGUAAUCAUCUUAGUGUUGUCAUUGUGGUUUAAGGUUGAAGGAGGAGGGUGGCUUUCUUAUGAUUUCUAUGAGAGAACAUGUCCACAGGUUGAGGGCAUUGUUAGAGCUGGCCUUCAAUCCCUCUAUCUCUCUGAUCCCACUUCUCCUGCAGCUUUGUUGAGGCUCAUGUUCCAUGAUUGCCAAGUUCAGGGCUGUGAUGCAUCAAUCCUUCUAGAUUCAACUAAUUUCACUAUAAAAUCAGAGAUUGCUUCACCCAAGAAUUUCGGCAUCCGAAACAGAGAGUCAAUCAGCGUAAUAAAAUCCAUGGUGGAAGCAGUGUGUCCCCAGCAAGUUUCCUGUGCUGACAUUCUGAUUUUGGCGGCACGAGAAGCGGUGGCGAUCGCGGGAGGGCCUUGGAUACAGGUUCCAUUGGGCAGAAGGGAUUCCAUGUCACCAAACUACACACUUGCAGAUGCUGUGCUACCUACUCUAAAUAUAGGAGUUGAUCACAUGCUUAGAAAUUUUUCCAAGACAGGGAUGAGCAUUGAAGAAUCUGUCGCCAUUAUGGGUGCUCAUACACUAGGAAUCACACAUUGCAAAAACAUUCUGGAUCGUCUAUACAACAGCUCAGACGCUAAUUACAAUACAAUGGACACAGAGCUAAAGAAGAUGCUGAGACUGAUCUGUCGAUUACGGUCUUCAACUGCAAACAUUAGCUUUGUAAUAAAUGACCCAACCGCAUGUAUAUUUGACAACCAAUACUACAUCAAUGUCAUGAAACGCCGUGGCAUACUCAGUAUUGAUAGUGACUUGCUUUCGGACCCUCGAACUGUUCCGUUUGUGCAGCGUUUCGCGGAUGAUCAGGGUGGUUUCUUUCAGGCUUUCUCUUCUGCGUUUGUGAAGCUGUCAUCUUCUGGUGUUCUUACUGGUGAUCAAGGUGUUAUUAGAAGGAUUUGUAGUGCAGUGCAAUGAACUGAGUGGUGUUGAUAGUAUGGCUAUGAGUAUUUAAGGUGCUAUAAUAUAUGAAUGGUUUUAGUAA